AUGGCGGGCACGUUCACCGCCUUCCCCUUCGGCUGGGAGGCGGACUCCGGACUGCUGGUGCCCAGCCGGGGGCGCAGGCAAGACUGGAGGCUGACCAGCAGCGGAGUGGGGCUGGAUUACGGCUUCCCGUUGCCCUUCCCGCCCCCUUUUGCAAGAUCUACGAUCCACGAGCCGCUGCCCCCGGCCUCGGAGAAAGUAUGGCGAGACGAAGUCAUUCCACGGCUGACGACCACGAAGCAACUCGCCCACGGCCCAAAGACCCACGGGGGGCCUCUGGCUCAGCCACGCCACUCUGUGGCCGCCCUGCACUGGACCGUUCACUACAAUAAAGAUUUGAGAGAGAAGCUGAAGCAGAGGGCAUGGAGGUUCCCCCUGACCAUGGCUAACCAGCAGAGUGAGAUGAGAGAUCGCUACUCUGGCUGGCCCAAUCUGCCGCACGACCCCACCUUUCACGCCGGACCUCAACCGUUUGGGUUGGCUGCUCAUCAUACUGAGGGGGCAUCCAAGUCCAUCGUGCCCAGCACCAGGAAUGAAGAGCUGGCGGGAAUUCCCUUCUACGUCCGUGACAAUGCUGUGCUGCGGCUCAACGACCCUUACGUGUCCAUCACCACCCAGGACUUCCGACCCUUCACUCAGAAGCAACUACAAGGUUACGCCCGAAAGGAUGAUUCGAAACAGGGCCGGGAUACUUAUCCUCUGAUCCGGGUGCCUGGGCCAAUGCGGGACGUCAGCCUGUUCCACCUCGGCACCCGGGUGCCUCGCCUGGCACCCAGCACAGCCCCCGUGCCACACCGGGGCCUACGCAGCCUGACACAGGAGUCCUACCAACUGCCCAAUGACCACCGGCGCACGUGGGACCGCUUCUGCCCAGUGGAGCGGCCACCGACGGUCUCCUACAAGGUGCCUGUGCUAGAGAUCAUGUGCGUACCAGGCAUGUAUGAGACGGAAUACAAGUGCUAUGGGAGCAGCAAACCCAUGCCUGUGUGAGACCUGGGCGCAGCAAUUCCACAGGCGUUUCA